AUGCCUGUUACUGUCCAACCCGCCGGAACCACGACUACUGUUCGACCGAAGCGCCAGCCGAAAACCGAAUGUCGCGCCACGCAGGUUGUACCUCUCUUUGAAAAGUUAAAGGCUGGUGAGCCCGUCUUUAUUGAUAUGGAGUUCCAAGACUACAAGGUCGCGGGCGAGAAGCAACAUCACCGCAUCGGACGCGUUGCAAUCAUCAAUCAUGCUGGUGAGGUCGUCCUUGAUGUUUUUCCGGCUUACCGCAGCGAGCCUAACGUUAAAAAGAUCCUGCCACCGAGGCGUUUCGGUGUCAACUGGAGCGAUCUGUACUUCGACAACGGUGCUGUUCCAGCCGAGAAGGUGGAACGCUGGGUCAAAGAAAUGGUCAAGGAUCGUACUGUUGUUGUCCACGGAGGCACGCACGACCUCACCGCAUUCUACAUCGAGCAGGAUGUGUGGGCAACAAGCACGAUCGUCGACACGCAAUGGCUGUACUCCGGUGUGGCCGGCAAUAGCAAGCCGAGUCUGCUGGAUUGCGUCGAGUCGGAACUCGGUCUCGACCACUUCCGGUCGGGCGGCGAGCAUUCUCCCGUUGAGGAUGCUGAAGCCACCCGUCAGCUGUACUUGAGGGCGCAAUCCGGGGAACGGAAAUCGGACGAUGCGAAGGUUGAUGAGGGAGAUAGUUCCCACUAUCGUCAUGGAAGAUGA